AUGCUGCAUCCUGAUUGGCUCUUGGACCCCCGACUCGACUCCCCGCGCGAUGAGCUUGCCAGUUGCUUUCCAGUUGCUUUCCAGUUGGCGCGGACUGUCUUCUCCCUCAUCAUCAUAAAUAAGGCCGGUGGUCUCAUCUACCAGCGCGAGUUCCAAGCCGGUCUGCGCAAGCUUUCCACUAAUGACUACCUGGUCCUCGCCGGCACUUUCCAUGGGGUCCAUGCGAUUACGCGGUCAAUAACUCCGAAGCUCCCCCUCGCCUCCAAUACCUCCCCGGCCGUGUCGUCUCCGGGCGCCAAUACCCCCACUACGGGAUACAGCUAUCCAAACCCCGGAACACCAGCGAGCGGGCUCGAGUCGCUGGAGACCGAGAAAUUCAGAUUGACCUGCUUCCAAACUUUGACGGGCACGAAGUUCUUGCUAUUCACAGAUCCCACCUCGGGCACCGUGGACACCGUCAUGAACAAAGUCUACGAGCUAUAUGCCGACUACGUGAUGAAAAACCCGUUCUACCAGCUCGAGAUGCCCGUGCGCUGCGAAGCCUUCGAUAGGCAUCUCGGUGCCUGGCUGCGUGGCAGAACAUAG